UCAACGCCCCGCCCCUCGACGACCUGGCUCCUCUGAGUCCCCGCCCCCAAGCCUCUCCGCCCUUUCACUGAGCGUGCGCGCAGAGUCCCGCAAACCCGGAAGCGGAGCGCGGCAAGUGGAGGUCUCAGCUCAGCACCUCUGAAAACUUGUGUUGCCUGAGGAAGAAGCCAAGAAGAUGAAAGAAAAUGUGUCAGGAAUCCCUCUUUCUCAGACACAGUUAACCUUCAAGGAUGUGUUCAUAGAUUUCACUCCCGAGGAGUGGGAAUGUCUGGACCUUGCCCAGAGGACCUUGUACAAGGACGUGAUGGUGGAGACCCUCAGGAUCCUGCUGUCUGUGGAUAUGUCUCAUACACAUAUAAGCCAGAAAUUACCGACAAAAGUAAACAGUGAUAAAGGAGAAGUAUUUCACACAGUGAUGUUGGGAAGACCUGAAAGCCAUGAAAUCACAGAUUUUUUCCUCAGAGAGAUCCAGGAAAAUUUGCAUAAAUUUGACUGUCAGGGGAGAGAUGAUGAAAGAAAUUACAAAGGAAUGUCUAUAACCCAGAACAAAAAUCUCACUAAUGAAAGUGAUCGGCACAGUAGAAUUGCAGUGGGAAAUAAGCAUGUUGAAAAUAGGCAUGGAUUAAGCUUUCAAGAUGAACUGCAGAUACUUCAACCUGAAGGGAAAACAUUUGAAUGUAUUCAAGCUCUGAGGAGUAUCAACAGUAGCACCUCAGAUUUACCACUUCAGAGAACUCCUAGUUUCUGCACCAGCAUUUCUGAUAUAUGUGAGAGUGCUGUUAUGCACCCUUCAGUACUGGCACAAGACCAGGAAGCACACACAGGAAAACCUUACAAAUGUACUGAGUGUGCCAUGACCUUUUUUCAGGACUCAGAACUCACUGGAUAUCAAAGGAUCCAUAGAGAGAAACCAUAUAAAUGUGAUGUAUGUGGAAAGGCCUUUAGCCAAAAUGCAAGACCUAUAGUUCAUCGGAGAAUUCAUACUGAAGAGAAACCCUAUAAAUGUGAUGAAUAUAGCAAAGCGCUCAGUGCACAUUCAGCCUUUACUGACCAUCAAGCAGAUCAUACAGGAGAGAAACCAUAUAAAUGUAAUUUAUGUGGCAAAGCCUUCAAUCACAUGUCUUAUUUUACAGUUCACUGGAGAAUUCAUACUGGAUAUAAACCUUACAUAUGUAAUGAGUGUGGCAAAGCUUUUAGUGCAUAUUCAGACUUAACUAGACAUCAAGCAGUUCAUACAGGAGAGAAACCAUAUAAAUGUGACAUAUGUGGAAAAGCCUUUAGUCAAAAUGCAACACUUACAGUUCAUAGGAGAAUUCAUACUGGAGAGAAACCAUAUAAAUGUGAUAUAUGUGGCCGGUGCUUUACUCGAAAUGCACACCUUGGGAUUCAUCGGAGAAUUCAUACUGGAGAGAAACCAUAUAAAUGUGAUGAGUGUGGAAAAGCUUUUAGUGCACGUUCAGACUUAAGUAAACAUCAAGCACUUCAUACAGGAGAGAAACCAUAUACAUGUAAUUUAUGUGGCAAAGGCUUCAGUCUCAGGUCUUAUUUUACACUCCAUUGGAGAAUUCAUACUGGAGAGAAACCAUAUCAGUGUGAUGUAUGUGGCCAGUGCUUUAGUCGAAAUUCAUACCUUAGGAAUCAUCGGAGAAUUCAUACUGGAGAGAAACCCUACAAAUGUAAUGAGUGUGGCAAAGCGUUCAGUCAGAGUUCAGGCCUUAUAACUCAUCAGAGAAUUCAUACUUUAGAGAAACCAUAUAAAUGUGAUGAGUGUGGCAAAACUUUUAGUGCACAUCCAGACUUAACUAAACAUCAAGCAGUUCACACAGGAGAGAAUCCAUAUAAAUGUAAUUUAUGUGGCAAAGCCUUCAGGUACAGGGCUUCCUUUGCAGUUCAUCACAGAACUCAUACUGGAGAGAAACCAUACAAAUGUGAUGAGUGUGGCAAAGCUUAUAGUGCACGUUCAACCUUUAUUUACCAUCAAGCAAUACAUACAGGAGAGAAACCAUAUAAAUGUAAUUUGUGUGGCACAGCCUUCAGGUACAAGACCGACUUUUCAGUUCAUCAAAUAAUUCAUAAUGGAGAGUAACCUUACAAAUGUCCUGAGUGUGGCAAAGUCUUUAGUCAGAGUUUAGUCCUUACAGUCAAUCAGAGAGUUCAUACAAAAGAGAAACCAUGUAAAUAUACGUGUGCCUUACUCAAAUUGCACACCUUGGAAUUGGAGAAUUCAUACUGGAGAAGAAUCUCACAAAUGUCAUGAGUGGCAAAGCCUUUAGUGCAUGUUCAGCCUUAACUGACCAUUAGGCAGUUCAUACAGGAGAGAAACCAUAGACAUGUAAUUUAUGUGCAAAGCCUUCAGUCACAGGAAUCACUUUUCAGAUCUUCUGAGAAUCCAUACUUCAGUGAAAACUUACAAAUGUGAUGAAUGCAGUAAAGCAUAUCAUCUGUUUGACCCUCAGAAAAGUCACACUGGAGGAAAACCACACAAAUGUGUUGUAUGUGGCAAAGCUUUGAUUCUAUGUUCAGACUUAAGUAACCAUCAGGUAAUUGAUUCUGAAUUGAGAUCUACCCACAUUGUGAAUGUGGCAGGUGUUUUGGAAGGUAUUCAUUUCUUACAAAGCAAGAGAAAAUUCAUGCUGGCGAGAAGCCAUACAUUUAGAGUGCAGUCAAUCUUAAGUGACCAUAAGGUAAUUCUUAUGGAGGGAACCAUAUAAAUGUAAUGUGUGGCCGGAUCUUCA